AUGGUCCAGCAUUUGACAUACCAUCAGAAGCAGUCCUGCAGCACAGCGAACAAAGCCAGGCUGUCCCAAACCCCUGGCAAUAGAAUCAUUUACCUUUACACCAAAAAGGUUGGGAAAGCACCAAAAUCCACCUGUGGCGUGUGCCCAGGCCGACAUCGUGGAGUUCCUGCUGUGAGACCUAAAGUUCUAAGGAGGUUGUCUGAAACGGAAAAACAGGUCAGCAGGGCCUGUGGUGGAGCCAUGUGUGCUAAAUGUGGCCGUGACGGGAUCAAGCGUGCAUGCCUUAUCGAGCAGCGGAAGGAAAAUCAUUGUGGAAGUGUUGGAAGUUGCAAGCACCGACCAGACAUGACGUACUGGGAAAUCGUGCUGCCGUAA